UGACUUUCUUCCAGAAUCAAAACACUGGAUUUUCAGCCGUAUUUUUGUAAAAAAUGGGCUAUUUGCGGUAGGCCAGUCACUUUUUUUUUUGUUUUUCGAAGUAAUCAUAAUUUUUGAUCUGAGCACGCCAAAUUUUGCCAAUUUUUGAGAAAUUGAAGGCUCUCGCGCGAUUGAAAAAUACUCAUUAAUCGAUUGGCAGCAUUUUUCAUUUCAUCUGAAUAUUCUAGAGAGGCAAUUUUUUCUCGCAAGACUUGAUUCGAUCAUUUUCGACUCACCCUAAUGAGGCACCUACGUCCUACAUAGUAUGUCCCUAACUCCCUAAUCCUAUUACUGAAAUGGCCGUGACGAUAUUAUUCGGCUAUAACUUUUCACAACUUCAGCUGCAGGGGGGCCGCAAAAUCGAUUUCGUCAACACAAUGUGCGCGAGCCGCCUUUCAAUCAACAGCCUUGUUAUAGAUAGGUAUAGGUAGAUGCGUAUAUAGGAGUAGGUAUUUAACUAUUUUUGUCUCGCAAUUUUUUUCUCCUUGAGACUUCACAUUUUGCAAUUUCGCGUCUGGAGAAAAACCAUUAAGUUUUCAAGGUUUAUAUCGUCGUAUCGCUGUUUAUCCUUAUCGCGUGUUUCAUUUACUCGUACGAACAUUUUUAUUUCUGGUCGAAGCUGACUCGGUGAAAAAAAAACAUUAGGUUUGAUUACAAAUAAGGGGUUGUUGUGCAAAAAUGAGUGAAACACGUGUUGGAGUUAGAAGUAAACAGGUGACGCUAACGUAUGAAGAAUUAAGAGACGAAUACAACUCUGUACUGUCAAAAUAUGAUGCACUGAGGAGAAAAAAUACCGAAUUCGAAGAUUUGGAAAGACGGCUUCGAAAUUUUGAAUUCAAUUUAUCAAAUCACUCGACUGAAUUUACUAAAGAAUUGCUAGCCUUGCAAUUGAAGUAUAAAAUUGUAAUUUCAAAAUGCCAAGAAUUAUGGGAAAAAAACUGCGACUUGAACGAAGAAUUGUUGCGCGAUAAACAGCAGAUUGAGAAUUUGAACUCUGAUUUAAAAAAACUGUUAACAAAAACUUGUGGGGAUUCGCAUGCGAUGGAGAAAACACAUAAAUCUGUACUUUCAGAACGUGAUCAAUUGAGGACUGCCAGUGAAGUACUAAAGAAUCAAGUGGAUCAGCUGCAAAGCACUGUAUCAUCUUUGAGAGAUGAAUUGAAUACAAAAAAUAUGGAAUUUCUCCGAAUGAGAGAAGAAUAUACAAAGGCAACAUCUGUAGAUCAAGAAUUGCGGAAUAAUAUUGAAAGACUGCAGAAAAUAAUAGAUCAACAUUUCAAAGUCGAGGCAGAUAUGAAAAAUAAGUUGGACGUAAACACUAAAAAAUUAGAGGAAGUUGAAAAAGAUAGUACUAACGCUCAUAGGGAUAAUGAAGAUUUCAAAAUACAAAUAGAACAAUUGAAGCUUGCCUUAGAACUAAACAUUGAUAUGGCACAUCAAUGCAAACAAGAAUCUAUAUCAAAAGAUGAAAAAGUCCGGCAAAUGGAAAAAAUGUAUAAAGCUAUGUCCGAGGAAAUUAAAGAAUCCAGACUCAAAAUGGAAUCUUUUACAUAUCAAUUGGGGAAAUGGCAAUACGAAUGUACGAAGACGCAAGAAGAAAAUGAUGCAUUGCAAACCGCGCAUAGAAUAUCAAAAGAAUCCUUGUAUACAAAAAUUGAUAAAUUACGAGCUCAGCUUGAGACCGAGCAAGAGAAAGUUAGGGCAGCUGAGCAGGAAAUUCAAACAUUAAGAGGUCUCAGAGUUGACCCCCGAGAUGAUUGAAAACUCAAUUCCGUACCUAUGCCUGUUAAUGACCUGAUAAAUUCGACAAUUUGAUUGAUAUGUAAGGUACCUCUACCUACCUAUUUGUAUCAUUGGUUGAAGCAUUCCAGUAAAUUUAAGUCAUUUCUGUGGUGUUUAUAUUUCAAUGUUUUUGCAUUUUGUGAGCUCAUAAAAACUACCAUCAGCUAAUAAACUCUAUCAUAUUGCUUAAAUUGUAAAUCGAUUAUUUUUUUUACGCAGAAUCGUACCCACUGAAUAAAUAGGUACCUAAUAAAUGUUUAUCAAUUUAA